GGGGCUGUUCUAAGACACACUGGGUCCUGUACUUUCCUCGCACAGUUUGGGUUUUGCUCUUCGUCGUCACUCAUGCAUGAUCUAAUGGUCGGAUGUGGAGGUUCUGAAAGAACACCUCCAGCUUGUGCUCAGCAUGAACAUGAAUCUGCAGAUUUUUACGCAGAUCCUCGGGGUAUCAAGCAGCUCUGAGCUGAUGAGGCUUAGCAGCGCUGAACUUGGCCUCAGGGUGCCAAAGAAUUAGACAAAGUCGAGAUAAAGGGGCAGAUUUAGGAUUACUGUCUGCGUCCUAAUAAGCACCCGUGCGCGUCCCUAAUUCCCCUUGAUCUCUGUAAUCUCCGGAACAAUGUGACGAUUGUUAUUCAUGCGUUUGGAUGGUAAAUAUGAUCACCGAGCCACUAAUCCUGACUGCAGCGGGCAAUUUGCCCUGCGUUGGUUACGUCAGCGCGUCUGUGGUCUCUCGUCUGCUCGGUCUGGAGCUCGCAGCGCGCAUCACAGCCGUGCCAGAGCGGAGAGUUUCUCUGUCAACUCCGUGAAGUAUAAGCGAGAGUGGCACCACGCAAAUCCGCCUCCGGUCAACUCAGCUAAAGGUUACGACACAUCCAUGCACUUUGUACAAUCCGGGCAAGAGUGAAACCUCCUCUACCUGUUACUUUUCUUCUUUUUUCCCCCCUUCUUUCCCUGUCGCACUUUGUUUGCGCGGCUGCAGCGGUCCAUCAUUGCCCCCAAAAACCACGCCGGCGUUUUAACGCGAGCUUGUCGGGUGCUGCAGAGGAAGCGGCUGGUCGGCGCGGCGCUGGCUUUCGUCGUCAUGGUCGUGGUGCUGCUUGUCGCGAUUCCCUUGCUGGUCCAGAGCUCCACCAUCUCCGCGCACUACGAGAUGAUGGGCACCUGUCGCAUGAUCUGUGACCCGUACAGCCCGAAAGCGAGCGCCACGGCGCUGGAAGUCAUGCAGGACCUCGGCGCCAUCCCGCCGCCGCCUCCUCCGUCUUUCUCCCGUGGGAACAAAGGUGAACCGGGCCGCCCGGGGAAGCCUGGACCGAGAGGUCCUCCAGGUGAACCUGGUCCCCCCGGACCGAGGGGGCCGCCCGGGGAGCGGGGAGAUUCCGGGAAGAUCGGCUUCACCGGAGGUCCACAGGGAACAGCCCGGACUGAAACCGGAGAACUUGGCUCGGCGUUUGGGAGUGUCAAGAUCGCCUUCUACGUUGGUCUUAAAAACCCACACGAGGGUUACGAGGUGCUCCGUUUCGAUGAUGUGGUGACUAACCUGGGCAACCACUACGACCCUUCCACUGGCAAGUUCACAUGCCAGGUGUCUGGAAUUUACUUCUUCACUUACCAUGUACUGAUGCGCGGAGGAGACGGAACCAGCAUGUGGGCAGACCUCUGCAAAAACGGCCAGGUUCGAGCGAGCGCCAUCGCCCAGGAUGCAGACCAGAACUAUGACUACGCAAGCAACAGCGUAGUGCUGCAUCUGGACUCAGGGGACGAGAUAUAUGUGAAACUGGAUGGCGGGAAGGCACAUGGUGGAAACAACAACAAAUACAGCACUUUUUCUGGCUUCAUACUCUACCCGGACUGAGCUGGAGCACAAGAACAGACACUGAAGUGAAUGCUCAUUUAUCAAGUUGACAUUAACACAGGUUGAAGCCCCGUCCAAUUUAGUGCUUCAUUUCUGUGUAUCUGUGGAAAUAUGCUAUUUUAUUUACUGCCUGGACCAUAAUGUAUACAAAACCAGUGAGAAGUUAAUGUUUGAAGUUGAGCUCUUUUUUUUUUUUUUUUUUUUUUUACACACAGCAAAAUCCUCAAGUGUAGAAUUAACACCUGCAGUGUUUGGGUCUGUCUGAAGAUAGCAGGCUGGUGUGUGUGUCUUUGAGUGCACUGUAAUUAAUAUAUACAGUAUUCUUAUUGUAAUUCUUGUUUACAGUAAUGGCACAUUGUACUUUUUUUUUUAAUAGAAUGCAACGAUACGUAUUGGUAGCAGUAUACUACUAUAAAUACCACUGCUGAAAUGUUACAGUUAUACUAUUAUUUUACUUACUUUAUUGACAAAUAUGCAUCUUAAAUGAAUUUAAAAAGUCAAAAAAAAAAAUUCUAACAGAGCAAUAUGAUAAAAUGUGUUUAAUAAAGCAAUCGUUUCAGUUCAUUUCAUAUGAGAACAAACAUAAGAGAACAAAUGUGACACAAUUUAUGGGUCACUGGCCUGAACACCACAGGAAAAAAAAUCAGAAAAAGAACCAAGAAAGUAAACAACAAAAUAUCAUGCCAGCAUUAUGUGUCUAGCUAGGCUUAGAUUGCAUAGUGUUGCCAACAGUUUUACCUCCUUUUGGCCCUGCUUCCCUAAAAUAACUAAACCUUUAAACCUUAAAAUCACAAUUAAUGAUGACAAAAUAAUAGAAGAAGUGAAAAGCAACAACAAAUUGCCAGAUGAGGUUAUUUUACUGCUUCCAGUAAAUGCUAUUGAUGGCUAGUUUCACAGGAGAGUUAAUAAUACUGUAUGUUUUACAAUUUAUAGUCACAGCAGUGUUACUGUAGCUAUACAAUAAGGUUCUUUACAUUAUACAUUAUAACCCACCAGUACUGUAAAUAAUUUCUGGGCUGCAGUAUCAAAAUUUAAAACACACUUAACAUCUCAUACUGUUUUGAAUACUGUUUGAAAUUCUUUACAGUGUAGGGUUAAAUAAGCCUGUUAUUGAUCACAUACAUGAAUUCAAAGAUAUGUCUUACAAAUGUUUUCCUAGUAGGCACCCAACAGUCAAAGGCAGUUUUAUGAUUAUACUGAAAGAUAUACAAUCAGGUUAGUUUUAGUUUUAGCUGGAUAGCUAAUGUAGGUGCCACACUUCAGUAGAUUAAAACAUAUAUUUUUAUGUUAAUUAGUUAGACACUCCCUUAGUUGUAGUGAUGUCACCUAGCAACUACUAGUACAGAGCUGUGAGACCUGGGAGCAACACGGUUUUUUGACCGUAUGCCUGAAUGUUUUGUAAAAAGAAUUUACUCACUUCAGUAAAUGUUUAAAACAAACAAUCUUGGACUCAUGUGAUGCGCAUACAAUUACUCCAGCAGCUCUGUUGUGUCACAAAAUUAUGAAAAUUACUGACGGAGUACCACUAGUGUUAGCUGUGAAGAUUAUGAACCUAUCUUUAAGAUUCUCUCAGAAAUACUACCCUUACCAUCCUUCCACAUAUAUUCUCAAAUACAUGCCAAGCUUUUCACUGCAUGCCAUCAAGGCAUACCUACUCAGAGCUGGUGUGGACUCUAAAACCCAUUCUUAUUCCCAUAUAACAACUCAAAGACACACUUUCUGUGCCGUGGAAUUAGGAAGAUUUAAUUUAAAGAAGUAGGUUUUCAUUCAGCACUGGGCUUUUUGCUGUGUAGCCUGUUCGACUAUGUGUUGUGUGUAUCAAACAUGUAUCUAAACUAUAUGUCAAAUCAAGGUUAUGAGGACAAUGUCUAAAUUAUUAGUAUAAGUCUGUCUGGGAUGUUGAUGGAUUGCUAGUCCUGUAUGAUGUAUUUGUCCUGUAGCACAAUUUAUACACUGUACUAUUAAUAUUUAUUUAGGUAUUUCAAUAAAUAAUGUUUUGUAUAACUGGUUUCUUUGUAUGUAUUAAAUGUCUUCCGCAGAUACCUCUGAGUCAUGAAUCAUGGUGAGCACAUCAAGAUUUUAACCACAGCAUUUUUUAAAUGUAACGUAUGCUGUCUGUGUACGGUAUAAAAUUGAGAU